AUGGGGCUAAGAGUCGCCAGCCUUUUUAUCUUCUGGCUGGCUUUUUCCUAUGCAAAUGAAAUAAGAAAAGGAAGGACAAGAAACCAUGGCCACUACAUCUGCAGCACCUGGGGAAACAACCAUUUCAAAACUUUUGAUGGAGACAUGUAUCAGUUCCCUGGCGUUUGCGAGUAUAAUUUUGCUUCUGACUGCCGAGAGUCGUACAAGGAGUUCUCUGUCCACAUUCAGCGUGCUCUGAACAGCAACGACCACCCCGAGAUCCAGUAUAUCCUGAUAACAAUCAAGGACUUUACAGUGUACCUCACACCAAAACUGGCUGUCGUGGAUGGGCGGAUUGUGAAGACACCUUACUACAGCUCUGGUUUGCUCAUUGAGACCAAUGACAUUUACACCAAGGUUUAUGCCAAAUUAGGCCUGACUCUGAUAUGGAAUCAGGAAGAUGCAUUGAUGGUGGAGCUGGACAGCAAAUUUAAUAACCAUACAUGUGGUCUCUGUGGGGAUUACAAUGGCAUUCCAAUCUACAAUGAGUUUAUCAAUGGAGAUGCAAGCUACAAUUCAAUUACAUACGGGAAUUUACAGAAGAUCAACAAACCCAAUGCCAAAUGUGAAGAUCCUGAUGAAACUCAGGCUAUUCCAAGCUGUAAUGGGCAUGUGAGUAUUCCUAGUGGUGAACUUCACUUGCGUGGGCGUGUGGAGACAUCCUUGUGCUACGGGGAGUUAGUGUGGGAGGAGCUUCUAGGGUGA